AUGAAAUUUGAAGAGUUUCAAAGCUACUUUCGAUUCCAUGCUUUUCCCAGCGGUAAAGAAGAACAGGAAGAGUACUGGGAAAUGUGGUCCGAUAUAAAAACUAUCCGCGGACGGGUCCUCUCGAAGGACCAGAGAGAUAAUGAUUCUAUGCGAGUUUACAAUGGAUUCAGCCUUUUCACGAUUCUAGGACGGAAGAACGAGUUUCGAAACGUCCAGUGUAUGGACGAGGUGUUUCUUUACGGAUUGCCGGCGACUCCACGCGAUCAUACUCUCUUACGCAAUUUGACAUCCGUUCUCAAGCGGACCGACUCAUCCGAGGCCAUUGCCGAUUCUGACUCUGAGAAUGACACGGAUACUUCUGCCGAAUUCAUGUCCGAUACUGCUUCGAGUGGAAAGCCUUCGACUUCUUCUAGCUCUAGCUCAAGCAGUUCUAGCUCUCUAGCCUCUUCUGACGACGAAAAACACGAGGGUUUUCAGCAGCGGACACUUUCAGACUCGGAUGAGGAUUUCUCCUAUGUUUCUAAAGUUCCAGAAUCUCCAAAAACGAGCGAAAAGCAAGAGAAAAAGUCGCCUCCUUCCAGCUCGGGUCCUUCAUCAAAAAUCCCUCGCCUCACUCUUCGACGAAACAUCAACGGGCAUUAUUCCAAGGUCGAAAAAUAA